UGACUGCGGGGCGAGGGGAGACGUCGGAGAGUCCAUAGUGUGACAGCUUUAAUAAGCCGAAGCCGCGAAUCGCGAAUCGUGACAGUCGGGGAGGAUGUUUGGGCAGCUCGCGAAUCGCUCGACAAUACCUUAUGUGAACUUGACACCUCGUUGAUUGCGCAAGUGGCGGGGUAAUAUGACUCUUCGCACAAUUUCGAAAAUAGAAAAUAGGUGUCAACGUUGACGUACGUUCGCGUACCUUUCACGUGCGCCUGUGCGGGCGUACGUGCGUGUGCUCCCUCCCGGAACAAUUAGCGAAAAAAGAGCAAUUGAAGGGUAAAAAAAAACAAACGCAAAAAUGUCGCUGCUGCAACAAUUUGCGGACUUGUUGAGCCUGAUAACAAUAGGCAUGUGCUUCGUAUUGAAAAUCCCGCAAAUAGUAAAAAUACUCUCCGUGAAAUCUGCCCAUGAGAUAUCGACGCUAGGAUUAUUUUUAGAAUUAACAAGCUAUACUGUGAUGACUAGUUACAAUUACACGAACGGGUAUUCGGUGCUGUCCUACUUGGAGUAUCCGAUAAUAUUAGUGCAGGAGUACAUAUUGAUAUUCCUUGUGCUGAAAUAUGUAAACAAACUCAACAUGUGGUCCCUGCUGUGCACCAUAAUGUACUUUAUACUAAGCGGCUGUUUGUUGUUGGAAGCUCUUCCAAAAGUUGUACUUACAUUUUUGGCGCCCAUGUGCACGCCGAUUUCCGCUUCCAGUAAGAUUGUCCAACUGUUGGCUAUACUUCGAGCCAAAAACGCAGAGUCGGUGUCGCCUCUUACCUGGUUUAUAUCUGCCUUCACAAAUCUGACGAGGGUGUUUACCAUAUGGAUGGAUUCGGCCGACAUGCUUUUGCUGGGGAACUUCAUCAUUUCGGUGCUACUUAGUUCCAGUAUCAUGUUUUCCGCGCUUUAUUACAGAGCGCGCCCGGUCAAGCAGGAUUAAAUGAGAAUUAAGUUAUGUAACUGAUCUAGUCCUGAGCAUAUUUUAUGAUAUUGAUAAUUCAGUGUAUUUUACUGGAAACAACCAUUAAAUUAUUUUUUGAUCACGUCA